AUGACGUCACACAAUACUCCCAGGUUCACUUCUGCGAUUGCCAGCACCAAGACCACUUCACAGAGUACUCCCAGUUUGACUUCUCUCAUCGCCACCACUGGGACCAGCUCACCCAGUAGCCUCGGCUUUAGUUCUUCGAUCGCCACCACUGAGACAACCUCACACAGUACUGCCGGCUUCACUUCUUCGAUCGCCACCAGCGAGACCACGUCACACAAUACUCCUGGCUCCACUUCUUCGAUCGCCACCACUGAGACCACCUCACACAGUACUCCCAGCUUCACUUCUUCAAUCACCACCACUGAAUCCACCUCACACAGUACUCCCAUCUACACUUCUUCGAUCGCCACCACUGGGACACCCUCACACACUACUCCCAGCUUCACUUCUACCAUCACCACCACCACCGAGAGCACAUCUCACAGUGAUCCCAGCUUGACUUCUGACAUCACCACCACUGAGACCCAGUCAUACAGUCCUCCCAUCUUCACUUCUUUGAUCACCACAACAGAGACCACCUCACACAGUACUCCCAGCUUCACUACUUCGAUCACCACCACCGAGACCACCUCACAGAGUCUUCCCGGCUUUAGUUCUUCAAUCGCCACCACUGAGACAACCUCACACAGUACUGCCGGCUUCACUUCUUCGAUCGCCACCAGCGAGACCACAUCACACAAUACUCCUGGCUUCACUUCUUCGAUCGCCACCACCGAGACCACCUCACACAGUACUCCCAGCUUCACUUCUUCAAUCACCACCAUGGAGACCACCUCACACAGUCCUCCCAGCAUCACUUCUUCAAUGACUACCACCGAAACCCCCUCACACAGUAAUCCCAGCUUCACUUCUUUCAUCACCACCACCGAGUCCACCUCACACAGUCCUCCCAGCUUCACUUCUGUGAUCGCCACCACAAAGACCACCUCACACAGUACUCCCAUUUUCACUUCUUCCAUCACCACCACCGAGACCACCUCACACAAUCCUCCAGGCUUCACUUUUUUGAUCCCCACCACCGAGACUACCUCACACAGUCCUCCCAGUUUCAUUUCUUCGAUCACUACCACUGAGACCCCCUCACACAGUAAUCCCAGCUUCACAUCUUUGAUCACCACCACCGAGUCCACCUCACACAGUCCUCCGGGCUUCACUUCUGCGAUCGCCACCACAGAGAUCACCUCACACAGUACUCCCAUUUUCACUUCUUCGAUCGCCACCACUGAGACCAUCUCACACAGUACUCCCAGCUUCACUUCAUCGAUCACCAGCACCAGGACUAUCUCACACAGUACUUCCAGCUUCAGUGCUUUGAUCACCACCACGGAGACAACCUCACAGAGUUCUUCCAGCUCAAGUUCUUUGAUCACCACCACAAAGUCCACCCCACACAAUCCUCUGAGCUUCACUUCUGCGAUCACCACCAAAGGGAUCACCUCACACAGUACUCCCAUUUUCCCUUCUUCGAUCACCACCACUGAGACCACAUCCCACAAUACUCCCAGCUUCACUUCUUUGGCCACCACCAUUGAGGCCACAUCCCACAGUAUUUCCAGCUUGACUUCUUCAAUCACUACAACUGGGACCACCUCACGCAGUACUCCCAGCUUCACUUCUUUAACCACAAUCACCGAGUCCACAUCCCACAGUACUACCAGCUUCACUACUUCAAUCACCACCACUGAGACCACCUCACACAGUACUCCCAGCUUCACUUCUUCAAUCACCACCACUGAGAUUAUAUCACAUAGUACCCCCAGCUACACUUCUUCGAUUGCCACCACUGAUUUGAUCACCACCACCGAGACCACCUCGCACAGUACUCCCAGCUUCACUGCUUCGAUCACCUGCACCGAGACCACCUCACACAGUCCUCCCAGCUUCACUUCCUCAAGCACCACCACCGAGACCCCUUCACACAGUCCUCCCAGCUUCAAUUCUUCGAUCACUACCGCUGAGACCCCCUCACACAGUAAUCCCAGCUUCACUUCUUCGAUCGCCACCACUGAGACCACCUCACACAGUACUCCCAGCUUCACUUCUUCAAUCACCACCACUGAAUCCACCUCACAAAGUACUUCCAGAAUCACUUCUUCGAUCACCACCACCGAGAUCAUUUCACGCAGUACUCCCAUCUACACUUCUUCGAUCGCCACCACUGGGACACCCUCACACACUACUCCCAGCUUCACUUCUACCAUCACCACCACCACCGAGAGCACAUCUCACAGUGAUCCCAGCUUGACUUCUGACAUCACCACCACUGAGACCCAGUCAUACAGUCCUCCCAUCUUCACUUCUUUGAUCACCACAACAGAGACCACCUCACACAGUACUCCCAGCUUCACUACUUCGAUCACCACCACCGAGACCACCUCACAGAGUCUUCCAGGCUUCACUUUUUCGAUCCCCACCACCGAGACCACCUCACACAGUCCUCCCAGCUUCACUUCCUCCAGCACCACCACUGAGACCCCUUCACGUAGUCCUCCUGCCUUUAGUUCUUCAAUCGCCACCACUGAGACAACCUCACACAGUACUGCCGGCUUCACUUCUUCGAUCGCCACCAGCGAGACCACAUCACACAAUACUCCUGGCUUCACUUCUUCGAUCGCCACCACCGAGACCACCUCACACAGUACUCCCAGCUUCACUUCUUCAAUCACCACCAUGGAGACCACCUCACACAGUCCUCCCAGCAUCACUUCUUCAAUGACUACCACCGAAACCCCCUCACACAGUAAUCCCAGCUUCACUUCUUUCAUCACCACCACCGAGUCCACCUCACACAGUCCUCCCAGCUUCACUUCUGUGAUCGCCACCACAAAGACCACCUCACACAGUACUCCCAUUUUCACUUCUUCCAUCACCACCACCGAGACCACCUCACACAAUCCUCCAGGCUUCACUUUUUUGAUCCCCACCACCGAGACUACCUCACACAGUCCUCCCAGUUUCAUUUCUUCGAUCACUACCACUGAGACCCCCUCACACAGUAAUCCCAGCUUCACAUCUUUGAUCACCACCACCGAGUCCACCUCACACAGUCCUCCGGGCUUCACUUCUGCGAUCGCCACCACAGAGAUCACCUCACACAGUACUCCCAUUUUCACUUCUUCGAUCGCCACCACUGAGACCAUCUCACACAGUACUCCCAGCUUCACUUCAUCGAUCACCAGCACCAGGACUAUCUCACACAGUACUUCCAGCUUCAGUGCUUUGAUCACCACCACGGAGACAACCUCACAGAGUUCUUCCAGCUCAAGUUCUUUGAUCACCACCACAAAGUCCACCCCACACAAUCCUCUGAGCUUCACUUCUGCGAUCACCACCAAAGGGAUCACCUCACACAGUACUCCCAUUUUCCCUUCUUCGAUCACCACCACUGAGACCACAUCCCACAAUACUCCCAGCUUCACUUCUUUGGCCACCACCAUUGAGGCCACAUCCCACAGUAUUUCCAGCUUGACUUCUUCAAUCACUACAACUGGGACCACCUCACGCAGUACUCCCAGCUUCACUUCUUUAACCACAAUCACCGAGUCCACAUCCCACAGUACUACCAGCUUCACUACUUCAAUCACCACCACUGAGACCACCUCACACAGUACUCCCAGCUUCACUUCUUCAAUCACCACCACUGAGAUUAUAUCACAUAGUACCCCCAGCUACACUUCUUCGAUUGCCACCACUGAGACACCCUCACACAGUACUCCCAGCUUCCCUUUUUCAAUCACGACCACUGAGACCACAUCACACAGGACUCCCAGGUUCUCUUCUUUGAUCACCACCACCGAGACCACCUCGCACAGUACUCCCAGCUUCACUGCUUCGAUCACCUGCACCGAGACCACCUCACACAGUCCUCCCAGCUUCACUUCCUCAAGCACCACCACCGAGACCCCUUCACACAGUCCUCCCAGCUUCAAUUCUUCGAUCACUACCGCUGAGACCCCCUCACACAGUAAUCCCAGCUUCACAUCUUUGAUCACCACCACCGAGUCCACCUCACACAGUCCUCUGGGCUUCACUUCUGCGAUCGCCACCACAGGGAUCACCUCACACAGUACUCCCAUUUUCACUUCUUCGAUCGCCACCACUGAGACCAUCUCACACAGUACUCCCAGCUUCACUUCAUCGAUCACCAGCACCGAGACCAUCUCACACAGUACUUCCAGCUUCAGUUCUUUGAUCACCACGACAGAGAGAACCUCACAGAGUUCUUCCAGCUUAAGUUCUUUGAUCACCACCACAAAGUCCACCCCACACAAUCCUCCAAGCUUCACUUCUGCGAUCACCACCAAAGGGAUGAUGUCACACAGUACUCCCAGGUUCACUUCUGCGAUUGCCAGCACCAAGACCACUUCACAGAGUACUCCCAGUUUGACUUCUCUCAUCGCCACCACUGGGACCAGCUCACCCAGUAGCCUCGGCUUUAGUUCUUCGAUCGCCACCACUGAGACAACCUCACACAGUACUGCCGGCUUCACUUCUUCAAUUGCCACCAGCGAGACCACGUCACACAAUACUCCUGGCUCCACUUCUUCGAUCGCCACCACCGAGAGCACCUCACACAGUACUCUCAGCUUCACUUCUUCAAUCACCACCACUGAGUCCACCUCACACAGUACUGCCAGCAUCACUUCUUCAAUCACCACUACCGAGAUCAUUUCACGCAGUACUCCCAUCUACACUUCUUUGAUCGUCACCACUGGGACACCCUCACACACUACUCCCAGCUUCACUUCUACCAUCACCACCACCGAGAGCACAUCUCACAGUGAUCCCAGCUUGACUUCUGCAAUGACCACCACUGAGACCAGGUCAUACAGUCCUCCCAUCUUCACUUCUUCAAUCACCACCACCGAGACCACCUCACAGAGUCUUCCAGGCUUCACUUUUUCAAUCCCUACCACCGAGACCACCUCACACAGUCCUCCCAGCUUCACUUCCUCCAGCACCACCACUGAGACCCCUUCACGUAGUCCUGCCUUCUCUUCUUCAAUUGACACCUCCAAGACCACCUCAACCAGUCCUCCCAGAUUCACCUCUGCAAUCGCCACCACCAAGACCACCUCACGCAGUACUCCCAGGUUCACUUCUGCGAUUGCCAGCACCAAGACCACUUCACAGAAUACUCCCAGUUUGACUUCUCUCAUCACCACCACUGGGACCAGCUCAUCCAGUACCCUCGGCUUUAGUUCUUUGAUCACCACCAGUGAGACAACCUCACACAGUACUGCUGGCUUCACUUCUUCGAUCGCCACCAGUGAGACCACAUCACACAAUACUCCUGUCUUCACUUCUUCGAUCGCCACCACCGAGACCACCUCACACAGUACUCCCAGCUUCACUUCUUCAAUCACCACCAUGGAGACCACCUCACACAGUCCUCCCAGCAUCACUUCUUCAAUGACUACCACCGAAACCCCCUCACACAGUAAUCCCAGCUUCACUUCUUUCAUCACCACCACCGAGUCCACCUCACACAGUCCUCCCAGCUUCACUUCUGUGAUCGCCACCACAAAGACCACCUCACACAGUACUCCCAUCUUCACUUCUUCCAUCACCACCACUGAGACCACCUCACACAAUCCUCCAGGCUUCACUUUUUUGAUCCCCACCACCGAGACCACCUCACACAGUACUCCCAGCUUCACUACUUCGAUCGCCACCACCGAGACCACCUCACACAGUACUCCCAGCUUCACUUCUUCAAUCACCACCCUGGAGACCAUCUCACACAGUACUGCCAGCAUCACUUCUUCGAUCACCACCACCGAGAUCAUUUCACACAGUACUCCCAGCUACACUUCUUUGAUCGCCACCACUGGGACACCCUCACACACUACUCCCAGCUUCACUUCUACGAUCACCACCAUCGAGAGCACAUCUCACAGUGAUCCCAGCUUGACUUCUGGCAUCACCACCACUGAGUCCCAGUCAUACAGUCUUCCCAUCUUCACUUCUUCGAUCACCACCACAGAGACCACCUCACACAGUACUCCCAGCUUCACUUCUUCGAUCACCACCACCGAGACCACCUUACACAGUCUUCCAGGCUUCACUUUUUCGAUCCCCACCACCGAGACCACCUCACACAGUCCUCCCAGCUUCACUUCUUCAAUGACUACCACCGAAACCCCCUCACACAGUAAUCCCAGCUUCACUUCUUUCAUCACCACCACCGAGUCCACCUCACACAGUCCUCCCAGCUUCACUUCUGUGAUCGCCAUGACAAAGACCACCUCACACAGUACUCCCAUCUUCAUUUCUUCCAUCACCACCACUGAGACCACCUCACACAAUCCUCCAGGCUUCACUUUUUUGAUCCCCACCACCGAGACUACCUCACACAGUCCUCCCAGCUUCACUUCUUCGAUCACUACCACUGCGACUCCCUCACACAGUAAUCCCAGCUUCACAUCUUUGAUCACCACCACCGAGUCCACCUCAGACAGUCCUCCAGGCUUCACUUCUGUGAUCGCCACCACAGAGAUCACCUCACACAGUACUCCCAUUUUCACUUCUUCAAUCGCCACCACCAAGAGCACCUCACACAGUACUCCCAGCUUCAUUUCAUUGAUCACCAGCACCGAGACCAUCUCACACAGUACUCCCAGCUUCAGUUCUUUGAUCACUGCCACGGAGACCACAUCCCACAGUACUCCCAGCUUAACUUCUUUGAUCACCACCACCAAGUCCACCUCACACAAUCCUGCAAGCUUCACUUCUGCGAUCGCCACCACAGGGUUCAUCUCACGCAGUACUCCCAUUUUCACUUCUUCAAUUGCCACCACCGAGAGCACCUCACACAGUACUCCCAGCUUCCCUUCUUUGAUCACCAGCACCGAGACUGCAUCCCACAGUACUCCCAGCUUCACUUCUUCGAUCACCACCAUUGACGCCACAUCCCACAGUACUUCCAGCUUGACUUCUUCGAUCACUACAACUGGGACCACCUCACACAGUACUCUCAGCUUUACUGCUUUAACCACCAUCACCGAGUCCACAUCCCACAGUAGUACCAGCUUCACUUCUUCAAUCACCACCACUGAGACCACCUCAUACAGUAUGCCCACCUUCAAUUCUUUGAUCGCCACCACUGAGAUAAUCUCACACAGUACUCCCAGCUACACUUCUUUGAUCACCACCACCGAGACACCCUCACACAGUACUCCCAGCUUCCCUUCUUCAAUCACGACCACUCAGUCCAUAUCACACAGUACUCCCAGCUUCAGUUCUUUUAUCACCGCCACCAAGACCAUAUCAUACAGUACUCCCAGCCUCACUUCUUCGAUCAGUACCAUCGAGACCACAUCGCACUGUACUCCUAGCUUGACAUCUUCGAUCACUACAACCGGGACCACCUCACACUGUACUCCCAGCUUCACUUCUUUAAUCACCAUCACUGAGUCCACAUUCCACAGUACUACCAGUUUUCCUUCUUCAAUCACCACCACUGAGACCACCUCACACAGUACCCCCAGCUUCACUUCUUUGAUCACCACCACAGAGACCACCUCUCAUAAUACUCCCAGCUUCAGUUCUUCGAUCACCACUGAGACCACCUCACACAGUACUCCCAGCUUCACUUCUUCAAUCACCACCACCGAGGCCACCUCACACAGUACUCUCAGCUUCACUUCUUUAAUCACCAUCACUGAGUCCACAUCCCACAGUACUAUCAGCUUCACUACUUCAAUCACCACCACUGAGACCACCUCACACAGUAUUCCCAGCUUCACUUCUUUGAUUGCCACCAUCGAGACACCCUCAAGUAGUACUCCCAGCUUCACUUCUUCGAUCACCACCAAGGAGACCCCCUCACACAGUACUCCCAGCUUCACUUCUUCAAUCACCACCACCAAGACCACAUCACAGAGUUCUCCCAGCUUCACUUCUUUGAUCACCAUCACCGAGUCCACGUCCAACAGUAUUGCCAGCUUCACCUCUUCAAUGAGCACCACUGAGACCACCUCACACAGUAUUCCCAGCUUCACUUCUUCGAUUGCCACCAUCACGACACCCUCACAUAGUACUCCCAGCUUCACUUCUUCGAUCACCACCACUGAUUCCAUAUCAUACAGUACUCCCAGCUUGACUUCUGUGGUCACCACUACUGAGACCACGUCACACAGUAUUCCCGGCUUCACUUCUUCAAUCACCAGCACUGAGACCACCUCAGACAGUACUCCCAGCUUCACUUCUUCAAUCACUAGCACCGAGACCACCUCACACAGUACUCCCAGCUUCACUUCUUUGAUCACCACCACCGAGACCACCUCACACAGUCCUCCCAUCUUCACUUCUUCUAUCUCCACCACCAAGACCACCUCACACAGUACUGCCAGGUUCACUUCUGCAAUCACCAGCACUGAGACCGCCUCACACAGGACCACCUCACACAGUGCUUCCAGCUUCACUUCUUUGAUCACCAGCACUGAGACCACCUCACACAGUAUUCGCAGCUUCACUUCUGCAAUCGCCAGCAUUGAGACCACCUCACACAGUACUCCCAUCUUGACUUCUCCCAUCACCACCACCGAGAACAUCCCACACUGUACUCCCAGCUUCAGUUCUUCAAUUGCCACCACCAAGACCACCUCACACAGUACUCCCAGCUUUACUUUUUUGAUCACCACCACCGAGACCACCUCACACAGUACUCCCAGCUUCACUUCUUCUAUUGCCACCUCCGAGACAACCUUACACAGUACUCCUGGCUUCAUUUCUUCAAUCACCACCACCGAGACCACCUCACGCAAGACCACCUCAUACAGUACUCCCAGCUUCACUUCUUCAACCAUCUACUCCACAGUCAGCUCAUCCACAACUGCCAUCACCUCACCUUUCACUACCUCAGAGACUGGGGUGACUUCCACACCUUUAUCCCCAUCUUCUCUGAGUACAGACAUCCUGACCACAUCCCUGAGAACUCUCCCCCCCUUAUCUUUGCGCACCAGCACUUCAUUGACUACAACCACAGACCUUCCCUCUAUACCCACUGAUAUCAGUAGCUUACCAACCCCAACACACAUCAUUUCAUCUUCUCCCUCCGUCCAAAGUACAGAAAUCUCAUCCCUUGUGGGCACAACCUCUCCCACCGUGUCCACUGUGAGAACGACCCUCAGAAAUACUGAGAACACCACAAUUAGUUCCUUUAGCACAAGUAUUGUUGUUAUGCCUGAAACCCCAACACAGACCCCUCCUGUACUGACUUCUGCCACUGGGACCCAAACAUCCCCUGUACCUACUACUGUCACCUUUGGAAGUAUGGAUUCCUCCACGUCCACUCUUCAUACUCUUACUCCAUCAACAGCCUUGAGCAAGAUCAUGUCAACAUCACAGUAUCCUGUUCCUAGCACACAUCCCUCCACCCUUCAAACAACUCCUUCUACUCCCUCAUUGCAAACUUCACUCACAUCUACAAGUGAGUUCACUACAGAAUCUUUCACUAGGGGAAGUACAUCUACAAAUGCAAUCUUGACUUCUUUUAGUACCAUCAUCUGGUCCUCAACACCCACUAUCAUCAUGUCCUCUUCUUCGUCUUCUGCCAGCAUAACUCCAGUGUUCUCUACUACCACUCAUUCUGUUCCUUCUUCACCAUACAUUUUCAGUACAGAAAAUGUGGGCUCCUCUUCCAUCACAGCCUUUCCUACUCUCUCUUCCUCUGCAACUACCAGCACUUCUCCUACCAGCUUCUCCCUGACCACAGCUCUCACUGAAAUAACCCCCUUUUCUUAUAUUUCUCUUCCCUCCACCACACCCUGUCCAGAAACUAUAACAAUUACCAUAGUUCCUGCCUCUCCCACUGAUCCGUGUGUUGAAAUGGAUUCCAGCACUGAAGCUCCUUCUCCUCCCACCACCCCAUUAACAGUGUUUCCCUUUACUACCGAAAUGAUCACCUGUCCUAGCUCGAUCAGUAUUCAAACUACCCUUACUACAUAUAUGGACACUUCUUCCAUGACGCCAGAAAGUGAGCCCAGCAUCACACCCAAUGCUUCCAGUUCCACUGGUACUGGGACUGUACCCACAAACACAGUUUUCACAAGUACUCAAAUGCCCACCAGUGAGACCUGGCUGAGCACCAGCUCUGUGAUCCCCCCACCUCUUCCUGGCGUCUCUACCAUCCCGCUCACCACGAAACUAAGCAGUAGCCUCCCGACCAUCCUGAGGACUUCACGCAAGUCAACACACCCCUCCCCACCAACCACCAGGACUUCAGAGACACCAGUGGCCACUACCCAGACUCCUACCACCCUUACAUCGCGCAGGACAACUCCCAUCACUUCUCAGAUGACCACACAAUCCCCGUUGACCACCACCGCAGGCACCUGUGACAAUGGUGGCACCUGGGAACAGGGCCAGUGUGCUUGCCUUCCGGGGUUCUCUGGGGACCGCUGUCAGCUCCAGACCACAUGCCAGAAUGGGGGUCAGUGGGAUGGCCUCAAGUGCCAGUGCCCCAGCACCUUCCAGGGUUCCCGUUGUGAGUUUGCUGUGGAAGAGGUGGAUCUAGAUGUAGUGGAGACCGAGGUAGGCAUGGAAGUGUCUGUGGAUCAGCAGUUCUCGCCGGACCUCAAUGACAACACUUCCCAGGCCUACAGGGAUUUCAACAAGACCUUCUGGAAUCAGAUGCAGAAGAUUUUUGCAGACAUGCGGGGCUUCACCUUCAAGGGUGUGGAAAUCCUGUCCCUGAGGAAUGGCAGCAUCGUGGUGGACUACCUGGUUCUGCUGGAGCUGCCCUUCAGCACCCAGCUGGAGAGCGAGUAUGAGCAGGUGAAGACUGCGCUGAAGGAGGUGCUGCAGAACGCCAGCCAGGAUGCGAACAGCUGCCAGGACUCCCAGACCCUGUGUUUUAAGCCUGACUCCAUCAGGGUGAACAACAACAGCAAGACAGAGCUGAUCCCGGAAGCCAUCUGCCGCCGCGCCGCUCCCACGGGCUAUGAGGAGUUCUACUUCCCCUUGGUGGAGGCCACCCGGCUCCGCUGUGUCACCAAAUGCACGUCGGGCGUGGACAACGCCAUCGACUGUCACCAGGGCCAGUGCGUUCUGGAGAGGAGCGGUCCCGUGUGUCGCUGCUACUCCACCGACACGCACUGGUUCUCUGGCCCGCGCUGCGAGGUGGCCGUCCACUGGAGGGCGCUGGUCGGGGGCCUGACGGCGGGCGCCGCGCUGCUGCUGCUGCUGCUGCUGGCGCUGGGCGUCUGGGCGGUGCGCUCCGGAUGGUGCGGCGGCCUGCGCCGAGGCCGGUCCUGGGACCAGGACAGGAAAUGGUUCGAGACCUGGGAUGAGGAAGUCGUGGGCACUUUUUCAAACUGGGGUUUCGAGGACGAAGGAACAGACAAGCAUAAAAAUUUCCAUGUGGCCUUGGAGAACGUGGACACCACUGUGAAGGUGCACAUCAAGAGACCCGAGAUGACCUCGUCCUCAGUGUGAGCCCCGCGGGGCCCCUUCACCACCCGCUCCGCCCUGCUCCGGACACAAGAGUCUGCAUUGCGUCCAUUUCAAGAGGUGGCCCCAGGACGCGGGCAGCCCAGGCUCCUGCUGUUCUUGGGCAAGAUGAGACUGUUCCCCCAAAUCUCAUCCUUCUCUUUCCAACUUGGCUGAAACCCACCUGGAGAUGCAGUUCAUGUCCAGGCUCUUCCACUGUGGAACCUUGGGCAAGUCAGUAACGAGCCUGUUUCCUCACCUGCAAAAGGGGUACAACAUUCCUGUAUGAUAUCUCACGCCGUUGUUGUGAAAACCACAUAGACUUGGUCAAUUCUCGGUCCUACUCUGCCCUCCCGUCUCAGCCCUCAUGCUGCCAUUGCCUCUCUGGGAUCCUCCAAUCCUCCUGUCCUUCACCUGGUCUCUGGCCCUGGUUCCUAUUUUCUCUCAAUUUCCUACUGCCUGUUUCUUACUUUGAACCUGGAGGCAGCCUACAGCCCCAUCCCAUCUCCUGCCCUCUCCUGAUCUAACUCCCUGCUGCGUCUCUUGCGCUCAUUCCUUAGAUGUCCUCCCCUUCUGACCCUGUUCCUUCAUCCAUCCUGCCCCCCAGUCCCCUAGCGCUAAAUCCUCCCUCCUCUCCUCACAUCCCCGUCCCUAGCAAGGUAUAGAUAGCCUCUGUAUCUUAGGAUACCCCAGCUGCUGUUCCCCCCAUCACCCCGUUGCCCAAUUCCCCGUUUCUCUUGCUCUCAUUCCUUGUAUCCUCUCCCCUUCUGAGCCUGUCCAUUCAUCAGUUCUGCCCCCGACUCCCCCUGACCUAAAUACCCCAGCUGCUGUUCCCCCCAUCACCCUGCUGCCCAAUUCUUUAUUCUCCACCCCUUUCUCUCACCCCUGGAGCCCCGUGGGUGGGGGCAGGCCAUGAGUUCCCCAGUCCCCAAGGAAAGGCAGCCCCCUCAGUCUCCCUCCUCAUUCCCUUCGAUCUCCCUCCCCUCUCACCUCACCACUGCCUUUUAAACCCAUCCCCUCCGUUUCCCCUCCUUCCCCCUCUAGCCCUGGUGUCAACUCGAUUCCUGCGGUAACUCUCAGCCCUGAAAUCCUCAAUCUCCUUGGCCGGGAAGAUCGGCUUUGGGAACAGGAAGUCGGCACAUCUCCAGGUCUC